AUGUCAAGAAAUACUGGUGUCGACUACGAUUUUAUUUUCAAACUGGUCUUAACUGGAGAUAGUUCAGUUGGAAAAAGUAAUUUAUUAUUGCGUUUUACUCGCAAUGAGUUUCGUCUCGAUACUCAAUCAACAAUUGGAGUGGAAUUUGCCUAUAAACAAUUAAAUAUUGAUGGUAGAAAAAUCAAAACACAAGUUUGGGAUACGGCUGGUCAAGAACGUUUCAAAACGGUUAUACCUCAAUUUUAUCGUGGCUCUGAGGGCGCUUUAUGUGUAUUUGAUUUAACAAAACCCGAUUCAUUUGACCAUAUUGUCAGUUGGAUAGAAGAAGUACAACGACAUACAAGCACGGAAAUACCAAUGAUUUUAGUGGGUAAUAAAUCGGAUUUAGUUGAACAACGUAAAAUAAGUAAAGAUCAAGCUAUGAUGCUUGCUAAGCAACAAAAUAUGUCUUAUAUGGAAACAUCUGCAAUGAAUUCAACAAAUGUUGAACAAGCAUUUACAACACUAGUUACGGCUAUUUAUUAUCGAAAAGUUCCAAAAUCAUCUACCGAAGAUCAUACAAGAACAGCAACAACAGCAAUAGCAACAAUAGAUUCGAGCAACAAUAAUUCGAGUAAAAACAAUGAUACUCUUCCAGAUACAUCAGGCGUUACCAUUAAAGUCGAACAUUCAGUAAAAAGUCAACAAGCCAAAAAAAGCGGUUGCUGUUGA